AUGUGUGGCAAUCCGAAUACUCGUCUGCUCUCGCGUCUCAUCAUCGACUUUCUGCUGCUGCUGGCCGUCUACUGUGUGGCUCUGGUGGUGCUGCCCCAGCUCUUGCAUACUUUCGAGCGUGGCUUUCACUGCAGCGAUGCCAGCUUGCAUUAUCCCUAUCGCCAGCCGUGGCUCACCAAGAUCCACUUGACCAUUUUGGUGAUCGCCUUGCCGGCCGCCUUCGUGCUCGUCGUCGAGAUGCUGCGCGCCGCCUUCGUGCCCACCGGACUGGAGGUGAAGCAGCGUUUCAUUUUCGUGGGCGCCCGCAUUCCGAGCUUCAUCAGCGAGUGCUACAAAAUCAUAGGCCUCUACCUGUUCGGCCUGGGCCUGACAAUUCUGGUCAUCCGAGUGACGAAGACGGCGACAGGACGUCUGCGUCCCUACUUCCUCGAUGUCUGCCAGCCGACCUGGGGCGAAGCGAAUGCCGAGACCUGUGCCCUCCAGCCCCCCGGCAAUGCCUCGAGCUACAUCGAGCACUACGACUGCACGGAAUUCGUAGCCUCAGCGGAGCUGCUGGCCCUGGUCCGACACUCGUUCCCCAGCGGCUUUGUGAGCACCGCCAGCUAUGCGAUGGCGUUUCUCGUUUACUACUCGCAGGUGCGAAUGUUUGCCACUUGGCUGCGUCUGCUGCGCACCUCUCUGCAGCUGAGCUUCGGCGCUCUGGCUCUGCUGGUGGCCUUUGAGCGCAUUUCCACCUACCAGAACCAUGUGUCCGAUGUGGCCGCUGGCGUGCUGCUGGGCCUCGGCAUCGCCUCCUUCGUUACCGUCUUUGUGGCCCACCUGUUCCGGCAGGUGCGGGUCAAGCGGCGCCAGUGGCCGCGCAACGAACAGAUCUACGGAUAUGCCGGCUGCUACGAUCGGCCCACAUACGGAUAUUAG